GGAAUUUUCAAGUGCAGGACAGCGUCUGGAGCUGCUGAACCAGAGUACAAAAAAAUUGAACCGGUUCACAUAUUCGCGCACGACGGCUCCCCAUGAAGACGCCGUAGCCCUAACAUGAAAGCAGCGGCCAUUACAGAGGCUAAAUGAAGAUCUUGUGAACAUGCACGAGGGACGAACUCUACCUUUCACUUCAGUGACUUCCUCAGAUGCUGUGGCCCAAAGAAAGAUGGAAAGGAAUGGGAAGAGCUUGAGCCAAGACUGCUGCACAGAACCCAUUCAGUGAGCCAAGAGGAGCCUCCAUACGCCACGUCACUGAGCCUCUCACCUUCCCUUUUCACCCCUAACCCAACAAGCGCUAUGACCUCUGAGCUGGAGAGUAGCCUUACUUCAAUGGACUGGCUUCCCCAGCUCGGCAUGAGGGCAGCCAUCCAGAAGGCCGACCCGGGACACCACCACGGCCACCACCACGGGCACCACCACCACGGGCAUCAUCACGGGCAGGGGCCUGGCAAGAAAAUGGUACAUUUGGACCCAGGAACAACGUUGGAUCAAGAGGAAGCAGCACAGCACAGAGAUGGGAAACCUCCCUACAGCUACGCCAGCCUCAUCACCUUUGCUAUCAACGGCUCACCGCGCAAACGGAUGACCCUCAGUGAGAUCUACCAGUGGAUCUGUGACAACUUUCCUUACUACAGAGAGGCAGGCAGCGGCUGGAAGAAUUCUAUACGACACAAUUUGUCCUUGAAUAAGUGUUUUCUCAAAGUGCCUCGCUCCAAAGACGACCCUGGAAAAGGUUCCUACUGGGCCAUAGACACCAAUCCUAAAGAAGACACAGUACCUAGCAGGCCAAAGAAGAGACCGCGCUCUGGAGAACGGGCAUCGACCCCUUACAGUCUGGAGUCUGAGUCUCUGAGGAUGGACUGCAUCAUGUCAGGAGGGGCGUCCCCCACUCUGGCCAUCAACGCUGUAACCAACAAGGUAGCACUGUACAACCAUGAGGCAGAAGGCAGCGAGAGUCCUGGGAGUCUGGGCGGCAGCCUUAGCAACAGUCUUUCAGAGCAGAGUUUGGCGUCCGUCAACCUCAACAACCGGAGCACCGCGGUCAGCGGCGGCAGCAGUGUACACGGCUACACACCAGUGAGUAGCCACUCAGAACCUUCAUCCCAGUCCUUGAGCCUCCAGCAGCCCGCCCAACCUCCUCCGCCACCACCUCCUCCCCCACAACCCCAGUACGGUUUACCUGUCCCCGAGUCACGGGACAAGCAGCUCUGCUUCUCAGACUUUGAGGACCUCAGUGCUUCUUUCCGCAGCCUUUACAAGUGCGUCUUUGAGCAGUCCUUCUCACAGCAAGGUUUGAUGAGUAUGCCCAGUGACUCGAGUCAACAGCCCCGCACCGCCUGCUCCUACCAGCACUCUCCUGGUACAGGAAGCAGCAGCGGCCACCACCACCAACACAACCACGGCCAGACAUCGCACCACCCUCACCACUCUCACGUCUCCCCUCACUCCACCCACAGUCAGCACCCGGCGCACGGUCAGCAUCAGCAGCACUCUGGUCAUUCUCAGCAGCACUCAUCUCUCUCCCACCAGCAGAGUCACACUGUGCAGACCUGCCCCACAACAGGCAUGUCGUCAGACUGGUACCCCAACCUGGACUGGCUGAAGGAGAGCUGCCGCAUCGCUACCAGCUACAACUGGGCUGACGUAGACCUCUCUCCAUUCCAAGGUCUAAAGGAGAGCAUGCGGCAGGCGGAGCUCAGCAACUGGUCUCUUGAUGCUGCCCAGAUGGCCGACCUGUGUUCCUCCAUUAACCAGUUCUUCAUGGCCACGGGGGUCAUUCCCCCUCAGGGCGCCACCCACCCGCAACCUCAGGUCCAACACUCAGCACCGCCGUCUGCGCCGCAACACCCGGCUCAGCCACACGGGGCCAUGCAUCCAAAGCCCAGCCAUCACAAUCAGCACGGGCAACACAACCCACAUAAUCAACACAUCAGCACAGGGAACAUGUACAUGGACUCGAGACAAAACAUUUCUUCUCUGAUGGGCCCACCAGGAUACCCUCACAUGCCUCCCAUGAGCAACACUGCUCCUACCAUGACAGGUCAUCACAGCCAGCUGAGCCAGCAGCAGCAACAACAACACACGCUGCCUCCGGGACACUUUCAGGUGAGACGCAUGCUCGCCGCUGACGACAUCCACGAUGACUUUGACUGGGACUCCAUUGUCUAGACUGAGCUGUCAGUCCUAGAGCGCGAUGAAGGAAAAGACUUAAAAAUGGGAAGGAGACACAGGCGACGUGUGACGGUAGUGACAUAAGGUAUGAAACUGGCUGACCUGCUCCUUUCACCUGUGUGGAGAAACAGAAGACAAUCCAACAGAAAACAAAAUGGAAAGUAAUUUUUCUAAACACACUGGCCUUUUUUUUUCUGAUAGAAGUGGCCGCCAAAUCUAAAGACAAUCAUGAAAAAAUAAGGACGGGAUAGUCUGAGACUGUGUUGGAUGAAGCAGAGAUGUAAACACAUUUCGUCCGGAGCAACAGACCUCCGAAUCUCUCUCUGAAUUGUCUCUUGUUGUGUCCCCGAUUGCCAACAGGGUUACAAGUCACCAAAGUGUCGUCAGUUCUUCUUUUAAAUUGUUUGUUUUUUCUUAAAUGUGCAUCCUGCUAUCCAGCUUGUGUCCCAUAUCUACAAAGUCUCCCUGCCUGUGACUGAAAUGAACAGAAACAAUGUAGUCUUCAGUUUCUUUUGCAGAUGCUGAGCAAAUGCAGACAUGUCAUCUGUUCUUCACUCUAGCAUUUCUUUGGUCGCUGUUACUUCACAUAACCUGGUUAGAAGGAUAAUUUGGGGGAAAAACAGUAACGUUUCAAACUAAAUCAUGAGUUGCGGCGCCACCUGCUGGUUAAAACAGGUAUCAUUUUGCUUCAUUUCAACAAAAGAUCUAUGUAUCACAAUUUGUUCCUCCUUGAUCUUUGUGCUGUCACACAGGACACCAGAUCUAAACUUAUUCUGCCCAUUUUAUUGCUAAAAUGUCAUCAUUAUGUGCUUGCAACAGCAGGUUAGUGUGUCAUGUUCUCAGGGUGUUAUGUCCACAUAUAUCUUCACAUAUCUGCCCUUUACAUCUCUUAGACGUGAGGUUAACUGUGUGUUGUAUAGUGCUGUCAGUGUGUUCAAAUCCUGUUGGCUAAACGUUAGCGUCCCCAGGACUCUGGUCAAAAGAAUAAAAGUCUUCAUUGUAAGGCUGCAAUAAGCUGAGUGGCAUAAUGAGCUUAUUCGCAGCGCCAAUAAACGUCAAAAAAAGAAAAUUCGACAGUUAGAGUGACUUAUCAACACCAGUUUAAUAUAGUUUUCCAAGAUAAAACCGAAAUUUUGGCAAAAGCGCACAUCGUUUACGGCCGUGCAGAUAAAGUCGGUCCUGAUUUCAAGAUGCUUCAUUUAGGGAAAGGCGGGCAGUUUUUGCACAACACCGAGCUUAGAAAGCAUCUAGUGUAAAAUAAAUGAUAACCGGGAGAUUUUUAUUAUUGGAGAAAAUGACAUCAGCAAGAGAGUAAAGACCAAACAAGAUGCUCGACAUUGUUUUUUUGUUUUUUUUCACUGUGAUGUUAAUUUUGUGUGUGUACAGGUGUGUAUAGUCCUCUCUGGUUUCCUUUAGCAUACAGCUUUAUAUGGCUCCAAAAAAAAAAAAAGAGAAACAAGUGAAUUUCUUUGUGCUUCUUUGUACACUGAUGGGUCUCUUAUUUUCCACCUUGAGACCUUGAAGUGCUUUUUUCUUUUUAAAAAUUUUUUAAAAUCUUUUUCUUUUUUUUUUUUUCUUUUUUUUGCUUUGGAAGAUCUCAGUGAUUGUUCAGGUGGUCAAAACAAGGUAAUGUUAAAUUUAAAAAAAGAAGAAAAAUACUCUUUAUUAUUACCAUUAAAUGCUGUAUUACCGUGACCAGCAUAUAUAUAUAUAUAUCUUCUGUGUUUGCGUGUAAUUGUCCUUGUAAAUAACAGUAUGUUACUUCUCUGUUUGCCCUGGAAAAAUGCAGACUGAUUAUAUAGAAGAAAAAAAAAAAAGGAAAUGGCAAAUGGAGACAGUAUUUUGUUAUUUCUCUUCCAGGAGAAACAUUAUGUAUAUAGCUUCAUUAUAAUGUAAAUAGGUGAUUUAAAAGAAAAAUGACUGGCAUUUUGUGUGUCAUAAGUAAUCUGUGUAUGUACGGCGGUUCAGCAGUUAAAUCUGUUUCAGUGU